CUUUCUGUGCAGAUUUUUCUCUUGAUGUGUUGGAGCUUUUUAUUAAUGGAAAAAAAAUUCUUUGCUUUUUCUCUGCAGCUGAAUUCAAUGCAUGUAUAUAUUUUUGUAAUUUAAUGGGAUUUCAUUUCUCAAAGUAUGUACUUGUUUAAAUCCACAUUAUAGGAGGACACAAUAAGAAAAAGGUAUUGCCAUCUUGUAUAAGUUGAUGUCAUGCAAAAUCGCUAAUUUUAUGGGUCUGUGAUGUUUAAGCUAAUUCUACAUUCAAAAUCUUAAAUCUAUUUAUAGACUGCCAAAUGAAACACUACAUAUUGCUACAUAUAUGUAGAAUAGGAACAUUUUUGACUGCAUUUGACAAUGGAUACAUUUCUAAAUUUAUUGGAAAGUCCUUAGAUGAAAUUGCCUGUGAAGACAUAUAUUCAAAUGAUGAUGAUGAUGAUGUUGGAAAAGAACGAGCCAGAAAAAAGAAAACUGGACCUAAGCCUUCAAAACUCCCAACAGACAUAGAUGUGAGUGAUGAACAUGAUGGCAAUGAUGAUCAUAAUGAUGAAGAUGGGGAUGAUUAUGUUGGGAGAGAACGAGCUAGAAAAUAGAAAACUGGUCCUAAGCCUUCAAAACUCCCAACAGGUAAAACUGUAUGUCGAGAGGAAGAGGAAGCAAAUUCAAUAAAGAAGCCUUGCAAGAAUUGUGGGAACAUUUUUUUAGGACUUUUUGCAAUUGGUUUUUGUUUGUCGUCAUGUGGUGUUCAUUUUGUGCUGACAAUUAAA